GUCACUUUGAACACUCAACUAAUUUACUAUUGUGUUGUAGAAUGCUUCUUACGAGUGACGGUUGUGCGGGCAAAAGUAACGGCACAAGAUCAGUCCGACUUGCCAGUGGAUGCUUCCCGUCUCCAAGUUUGCACUAUCAAUGCCCCGUUGAAGUGAGACGGCAUCAAGUCACUCAACAGCACAUUUCCCCCCAUUCGUGACCAACUCGUGUUAUUCCGGGAGAAGCCGAAUCGCAGGUUACGGAAAGGGGCGAGUGGUGACGAAUGUGAAGGUGAAGGUCGUUACGGGAACCAAGCUCCAUUCCAGCGCGUGACACCUGUGUUACACUCUCAGUAACAUAGUAUAGAGAGCUCCGCGAACGGACUAUCGCUGUGAGGAGCUUGCCAGCCUACAUCAGAAGCGGCCCGAAGAGUCGGGUGUAAACUCCUCACAGUGAUUGGUAGAUGACAUCAAAGAAUAAACUCUUAACAGCGUUAGUACCGGAAGAAGAUUCGACACAAAGUAACAAAGUGUUCGGGGCACAAACCUCUAAGAACAUGAGACAGAUACUGUUACAAUGAUAGAAAGAGGAUGAACAGAAAGGCACUUAAGUGGGCGCACAUUUAAUUAGCACCGUGCCCUAACCAUCUUCAAAUAGCUGUUUGCUCCUAUUGUUGGGAUUUGAACUUUGAAGAUGGACUACCACGAGCCAGGUGAAGGUAGUCCAUCUUUUCCAAAGUGUGUGAUACUCCAGAAGAACUACAUGGACGUUGAGGUGCCGGGUGACAACCGUUUCCUGUAUUGUGAGGACUGCAACAAGGAGUAUGAAGGGGACUGUUCAGUACAUGGACCUCUUCUCAUGGUGGCAGACAUACAGGAAACACCAGGAAGUGUGGACAGAGCAUGGAAAACAUUGCCUGUUGGUCUGGAGAUUGAAGAGUCUGAAAUCCCAGGCGCUGGUCUUGGAGUUUGGGCGUAUCAGGAUUUUGAUCCACACACCUGCUUUGGGCCGUAUGAGGGAGAUGUCGUCAACGAUGAGGACACUGCUCAGGGAUCAGGAUACAGCUGGCAAAUCUACGCAGAUGGACAACCUUCCCACUUUGUAGAUGGCCAACACUGCAACAAAGCCAACUGGAUGAGAUAUGUCAACUGUGCUCGAACAGAGGAAGAACAGAAUCUGACAGCAUUUCAAUACAAUGGUCAUAUCUACUACAAAGUAUACAAGAAGAUUUGUGUUGGUUCUGAGCUGCUUGUCUGGUAUGGACACAAGUUUGCAAGGAACCUAGGUAUCAAGAGACAACUUAAGCUACCACAGAGUCAAGAUACCUACCCAUGUGACAGAUGUGACCUGGGGUUCUCGUCUGUGUUGUUCCUGUGGAAACAUCUGAAGAAGAUGCAUGGAGGAAAACUGACAGCUCAGUUGAGGUUCAUAGUGAACACUCAGGGUGUUACUAGCUGUGACAUUGGAAAGGAAAUAGAAAACCAGAUACAGAGCAGUAACCAUGGUUACAAUGAGAACGAAAAUGUGGGCAGCACUGGAUGUGAGGGAGCAUUGAAGGAUCCCAUGAAACACAAAGAGGGUUCGGGGGGAGUCCGGCGAUAUCAGUGUGGCCAGUGUGGGAAGGAAUUUAAACAAUCAAGUCACCUUAAGAUGCACAUGAAAUACCACAGUGGAGUCAGGCCUUUUCCAUGUGGUGAGUGUGGGAAAGCGUUUACACAAUCCAGUGACCUUCAAAGACACAUUAUACUUCACAGUGGAGCAAGACCUUAUCCGUGUACGGAGUGUGAGAGAACAUUCACACGAUCAUGCUACUUGCAAAAGCACUUGAGGUGUCACAUAGGUGUCAAGCCUUAUAAAUGUAGCGAGUGUGGGAAGGCAUUUUCAGAAACAAGUGACCUGAAGUCACACAUGAAGAGUCACAGUAGCAUUAAGCCUUACCUGUGUGGCGAAUGUGGGAAGGCGUUUACAACAUCAAGUGACCUGACGUCACACAUGAGGUGUCACAGUGAUGUCAAGCCACAUCAGUGUAGUGAAUGUGACAAGACAUUUACGCGGCCAAGUAACCUUCAGGCACACAUGAUGUGUCACAGCGGAGACAAGCCUUUUGAAUGUACUGAGUGUGGGAAAGCAUUUCCACUGUCAAGCUACCUUCAGAAACACAUGAUGUGUCAUUCUGGAGUCCGGCCCUAUCAAUGUACAGUGUGUGGUAAGUCCUUUAAACAAUCAGGUAACCUGCAGACACACAAGCGGAGUCACACUGGUGUCAAGCCUUUUCCAUGUAACAAGUGUGGCAAGGCUUUUUCAAAAUCAAGCGACCUUCAAAGACACAUUAGGUGUCACAGUGGAGUCAAGCCUUAUCAGUGCAGUGAGUGUGAGAAGGCGUUUACAACAUCUGGUGACCUGCAGAGACACAUGAGGUGUCACAGUGGUGAAAAGCCUUAUCAGUGUACUGUGUGCGAGAAGACCUUUGCAGAUUCUGGUGGCUUGCAGAAACAUUUGAGAUGCCACACCGGAGUUCGGCCUCAUCAGUGCACUGUGUGUGAGAAGGCGUUCACAACCUCAAGUCACCUGCAUGUACACAUGAGAUCUCAUAGUGGCGUUCGGCCAUAUAAGUGUAAUCAAUGUGGAAAAGCUUUUACUCAGUCGGGAAACCUGCAGACACACAUGCGGUCUCACAGUUGAUGUGGUUCAGUCAAGAUUUAUUAUUGAGAAAAUGUUAAAAGUCCAUUGAACCAUCCAUUCAGGGCUCGAAUUAGCUAAAUAAAACAUGCACUAGAGAAACCUAUUAUUGAAAAAUGCAGCCUAGUAUUUAUGUCUACAUGCUCCAAGUGCGUGUAAAAUAAAUUUAAAUUUGCUUGUUCACAUAAUGUUUAUCUUUGAACACUCAAUACCUCAAAGUUUCAUUUACCUUACUACAUCACAAAUCCCUGUGUUUCGUGUAAUUUGUCAUGCUCUCAUGGGCUUGACAUCAUCAAACAGUGGGUUCUUAAAGAUUGUGUGCACAUGUUCCUAUUGGGAGCUUCCUAUUACAUUUUACAGCAAUACAUGAUUAUUUCAUGUGACACUGGCAGCGAAGUGGCCCAUGUUUCAACACUUGACAAUUUUAUAGGACAGGGUGCAACCUGAUUUUGUCUGGUGCAACUAGGUUUUCAUGUUAACAUCCAGCUGGAGCAAGAUCAACCAAGUUCCUUAAAUCAAGCCCUGCAUUCUCCUGCAGCGAGACAUGAGUGGAACCAGUGGUGACAGCAAAGUCUGUACACUGACUGUUGUACAGUAAGAGACUGAGAAGGUCCAGUUCAUCCAAUGUCUGAUUUACUAGGACCGCCUCCGUGGUCUAGUGGUAGAGCGUCCGCCGUUAGAGCAGAAGGUCCGGGGUUCGAUCCCUGGCCACGUCAUACCAAAAGACGUUAAAAGAGGGUACUUGUUGUUACCCUGUCUGGC